AUGAAUAACACUAACACCAAUAUCAAUGCCAACAGUGAAGAGUCGUCGUCCACCACAGAUCCUAGUGACCUCUUCAACCUAGGCUACUCGUUCAAUCUCAGCGACGGGUUUAAACCGAAUUUCAACGAUCAGUCGUUUCUUGGAUCCGAAGGCAUCCCCCAUGACUUUUUUCAAUUUGUCACGGAUGCAUCAUCGUCCGCGCCCGUUGCUGACAUCAGCCAAGUACCACCCACCACCAAUACAGACCCCUACGUUGAAAGUGACGGCGAAAAAAAGCCAGAAUCCAGAGCAAGUUCUGUAAGCAAUUCGGUGACCAAUAGCGGAUUUUCGCCCGCGGCUUCGCUGGAGAGACCCAUGGCCAUGCCGUCAAGGACAUCGUCGGUACUGGCUGGACAAAAGCGACGAAGAGUUUCCGAGGACUGGCAAGACCAGGCCGUGUUCACCCUGGUGGUGGGCGGAAGAAUCUUCCGCGUGAGCUGGGAAUCGUUGAAAAGUGACGGACCCAAUAAUUUCUUCACCAACUACUUUAGAAAGCAAAAGACCACGCGCACCAUGUACAUUGAUCGUGACGCCGAUAUAUUUGCCAUCAUUAUUCAGCAUUUACGUGGCUAUCAUGUUCGGCCUCGAGACGACCUUCAAAACUGCGCCUUAUUAAAGGAUGCACAAUACUACGGCCUCAAACGAUUAACGAAAAUUCUGCAGGAAUUCCUCUAUAUCAAUGUCGGCGGACGGCCCUUCCGACUGUCAUGGGAGCUAUUACGGAAAAAUGGACCUCAUAAUUUCUUUACGGGACCACUCAUGCAUUCCCUGUUUGAUCCGCACGGCACCGGCGUGGAAGCUCCGCCGAUUUAUAUUGACCGCGAUCCUGACAACUUUGAAGCGAUUAUCAACCAUUUGCGUGGUUACACAAUCUAUAUCAAGGACGAAAUGCACCGCAAGAAUCUGUUGAAAGAUGCGAGCUAUUACGCUUUACGUGGACUCAUGGAGAAAUUGCUGACGGCACGCAAGACGGUGGACGGUUUUGGCGAACAAGGCAGUCCCGAAGUGCUACUGUUACUUCAGGAUGUGCGCGUGCGUAAUUUGCUGCCUACCAAAGCCGAGGAAAAGGGAUUUGCGCUCAACGUCUCCCCACAAGCCAUGGGACCGCAUGACUGGGGAAUGGCCCAGUUGCAAUACAAGCGCGAAGAAUCGCCCCAUGCUUUGCUGGUGCAGAUGUCCGAUUUUUGCAUGCAGAUCCACUAUACGACGGGUUUUAUGGCCACGGUGGACAUGGGUGAAGCCGAUCAACAAAAACUGAAAAGUAUCGCACAAACGGUCAAGGCAGCAGGCGGCGUCAAUCAACGCAUCUAUUUGGACGAAGCGUGCGCCAUCACGGUGGAUGAUCGAGAAAUUAGACAACUGGGGGAUCUGGUCAACUAUGAAGAUAUCCAAUCGAAUUGGGAACCGUGUACAAAAUGCUCGACCAGCUGCCAACUGUUGAAGCUUAUUUUACGGCGAGGCAUGAUGUCAGUCCACAUUGUAGACGAGAUGGUGACAUUGUGUGCGGUGCGCCUAGAAGCCAUAAGCUCCAGGUUACGACUGAAUCAAAAACGGGAAUUUCUGCCUGGCUCUUAA